AUCCCCCACCCUCUCUUUCCCUCUCCUUCCCGCCCCCUUGAUCGGCUCUGGCUAAGCCCCCUCAUCCUCCGGCCCCCAGCACGGUCAUAGGUUACAUCAGACGCCUACCAGUUCUCCGAUGCCGACCUCGAGCACCUCUUCCACUGGACUCUCGGCGGCGCCCCCGGCCGUCCCCGGUCCGAGUCUCUCCUUUCCUAGCUCCUUUGCUCCGCUCGUUAGUUGUGGAACAUGCCCUCCUCGAGUUUAAAUUACUGGCCUUUGUGCUUGUCCCUCCCCCAUCCAACUACAGAACAAGGGAAACUUGCGAAAAUAUGUGCUGCUUUCUUUCUUCAGUAUAAUAAUGCAUGGGACACGACUGCUUCCUAUUUGCAAACGUUCUCCUUUGCUUCCUACAGUCGUUUCCAAGCUUCGUCUCGCAAAUUACAGAAACUUAUCUGGAUUAGCUGUAAAUUCUAUAAAUUUUAAUGAUAUUCCUCAAAAAGAAGAAGUCUUUUCUUUCGCUAGAAGAGGAACUGUAGAUGAGGAUUUGGUGGCUCGGUUUCUGUCGAUGUUGAGGGCCUGCCACGACCCUUUGGAUCUCCAGAAAGGCCGCCAAGUUCAUGCCCAGUUGGUCGUGAAUGGCGUCGACCACGAUGAUUCUUUGGGCACUAGACUUUUGGGGAUGUAUGUUCUCUGCCGCAGUUUUUCAGACGCCAAAGAUGUGUUCUUUCGGCUCAAAAAGGUGUCACCUCUGCCUUGGAAUUGGAUGAUCAGGGGUUUUACUAUGGUUGGUUGCUUUAACUUAGCUUUGUUAUUCUAUUUUAAGAUGUGGUUUGUUGGUGCCUUGCCAGAUAAAUACACAUUUCCUUAUGUGAUCAAGUCUUGUUGUAAUUUAUCUGCUGUUGGAUUGGGUAGGUUAAUUCAUAAGACAAUUUGUUUGAUCGGUUUGGAAACGGAUCUCUUUGUAGGUAGUUCAUUGAUUAAAAUGUAUGCAGAGAGUAAUUUUGUUGAUGAGGCAAGAGAGGUGUUUGACCGAAUGCCGGAAAGAGAUUGUGUUCUGUGGAAUGUGAUGAUUGAUGGAUACGUGAGGAAUAGGGAUAGAGGGAAUGCUGUUGCACUUUUUAAUAGCAUGCGAAGAGGGGAAACUAAACCAAAUUCUGUGGCAUUUGCUGGUGUGUUGUCCAUUUGUGCCACAGAGGCAAUGUUGAAGUAUGGUAUUCAGCUUCAUGGCCUCACGAUCAGAUGUGGGUUAGAUUUGGAAGCAUCGGUGGCGAAUACACUGUUAGCCAUGUACUCAAAAUGCUGCUGCUUUACUGAAAUGCAGAAAUUGUUUGAUUUGAUGACACGAACUGAUUUGGUGGCUUGGAAUGGGAUGAUCUCUGGGUAUGUCCAGAAUGGACUGAAGAAUGAAGCCUUAGGUUUGUUCUACCAGAUGCAAGCAGCUGGCAUCAAACCAGAUUCCAUUACACUGGCAAGUUUUCUUCCUGCCUUUUCUGACUCGACUAGCUUGAAACAAGGUAAGGAAAUACAUGCUUAUAUAAUAAGGAAUGGUGUGUGCAUGGAUGCAUUCUUGAAGAGUGCGCUUAUCGAUAUCUACUUUAAAAGCAAAGAUGUUAGGAUGGCGCAAAAGGUUUUUGAUGCUACUGGAGCAAUGGAUGUGGUUAUUUGUAGUGCAGUGAUAUCUGGUUAUGUGCUCAAUGGAAUGAACCAUGAUGCACUGGGAAUGUUCCGUUUGUUGUUAGAGGCACAGCUAAAGCCCAAUGCUAUCACAGUUGCUAGUGUUUUGCCAGCAUGUUCGUGUUUGUCUGCUUUAAAAUUGGGGAACGAGCUACAUGGUUACAUUCUUAAAAAUGCAUUUGAGGGAAAAUGCUAUGUUGGAAGUGCGCUGAUGGACAUGUAUGCCAAAUGUGGUAGACUUGAUCUUGGCCAUCAAAUCUUCACAAAGUUGUCUGAGAGGGACACCAUAGCAUGGAACUCAAUGAUCACAAGCUUUAACCAGAACGGACAACCAAAAGAAGCUAUUGGUCUUUUCCGCCAAAUGGGGUCGGAAGGAUUGAUAUAUGACAGUGUCACUAUAUCCUCUGCCCUAUCAGCAUGUGCAAGUUUACCAGCACUACGAUAUGGGAAGGAGAUCCAUGGUUUCAUGACAAGAGGGUCUUUGAGAGCAGACUUAUAUGCUGUUAGUGCUCUAAUAGACAUGUAUGCCAAAUGUGGGAGUUUGGACAUAGCUCAUCGUGUCUUUGAUUCGAUGCAAGAAAAGAAUGAGGUAUCAUGGAACAGUAUAAUCGCAGCUUAUGGGACACAUGGUCUUGUUAAGGAUGCAGUAAGUCUAUUCCAGCAGAUGCAGAGUGCAGGAUUUCAGCCAGAUCAUAUAACAUUUCUUGCUUUAAUAUCUGCUUGUGGUCAUGCUGGUCAACUUGAAGAAGGAUUUCGAUUUUUCCAUUGUAUGACAGAGGACUAUGGAAUUGCUGCUCGGAUGGAGCAUUAUGCUUGCAUGGUUGAUCUAUAUGGCCGUGCUGGGAAAUUGGAUAAAGCUUUCAACUUUAUAACAAGCAUGCCAUUUAAACCAGAUGCUGGUAUUUGGGGUGCACUGCUUGGAGCUUGCCGUGUUCAUGGCAACAUUGUGCUUGCUGAGCUUGCUUCAAAACAGCUCUUUGAGUUGGAUCCCUGUAACUCUGGAUACUAUGUGCUGAUGUCAAACAUCCAUGCAGUGGCUGGUCGGUGGGAUGGAGUAUCAAAAGUACGAAGCUUGAUGAAGGAGAGAAAUGUACAGAAAGUGCCAGGAUGUAGUUGGAUUGAGAUCAACAACAUCAAUCAUAUAUUUGUUGCAGCCGACCAAAGUCACCUAGAUUCUUCACAAAUUUACUUGUUAUUGAAGUGCAUCAUUUUAGAGCUAAUAGAGGAAGGCUAUGUUCCACAACCAGACUUUGUUUAUCCGCUAAACAUGAACUCCAACAAGCAAGUUGAUUUUUGAUGGCUUCUGAGGGGAACAUGAUAUGCCUUCAUCUGAAGAUUUGGAGAAACCGCCAGAGUCGAAUUUGAACUAGAAUAGGUGGAGUUAAAUUGGUAAGCUUCUACUACAACCUCCGGAAAUGGAUUUUUUUUGGUGAAUUUUGAUCCAUUCUUUAAAAUUCUUUUAAGAUGUCAGAGUGUGACAAUAUUAUGACUAACAAAUGUAUACGAGAUGUCUUCCCAGAUUUUUUGUAAGUUAUUGGUAACAAUAAAUUUCCAACAGGAGCUUUUUUUCC